AAGCAUACAAUACAUGGACAUAUGCCCUACAAGCUCUCAACUAGCCAAAAUUAAUACAAAAAAAAAAGAAGUUGGGAACGUACUUAGUGUCAGCUUGGUACCUGAGGACGAUAUAUAUAAGAAGCGGAAGAAUUUGAUAGAUAAUCUGACGAAUAGUCCAGCGCUGUUAAACAAGAUUUUCAACUCCUUACCGACAGAACUUCAGAACGAGCUUGGGAGCUUGGCCACGGAGGGGACUGGGCGGGAGGAGGCUUAUUUGGACGAAAAGGCGGGGACGGUCUUAGAGGCACCCACGUACUAUCCUACGGCUGAGGAGUUUGAGGUAAUAUAUUAGUGUUUAUUGUAUCCACUGCUGACAGAACUUCUCAAUGAGCUGGGGUGCUUGGCCACGGAGGGGACUGGGCGGGAGGAGGCUUAUUUGGACGAAAAGGCGGGGACGGUCUUAGAGGCACCCACGUACUAUCCUACGGCUGAGGAGUUUGAGGUAAUAUAUUAGUGUUUAUUGUAUCCACUGCUGACAGAACUUCUCAAUGAGCUGGGGUGCUUGGCCACGGAGGGGACUGGGCGGGAGGAGGCUUAUUUGGACGAAAAGGCGGGGACGGUCUUAGAGGCACCCACGUACUAUCCUACGGCUGAGGAGUUUCAGGUAAUGUAUUAGUGUUUAUUGUAUCCACUGCUGAACAGAACUUCUCAAUGAACUGGGGAGCUUGGCCACGGAGGGGACUGGGAGAGAAGAGGCUUCUUUAGAGGAAAAAGCAGGGGCGGUGCUUGAAGCAACCGCGUACUAUCCUACGGCUGAGGAGUUUGAGGUAAUGUAUUAGUGUUUAUUGUAUCCACUGCUGAACAGAACUUCUUAAUGAGCUGAGGAGCUUGGUCACUGAAGGGACUGGGAGAAAAGAGGCGUAUUUGGGGAAGGCAGAGACGGUCUUAGCGGGAUCUACGUAUUUUCCUAAGGCUGAGAAUUUAAAUCUGUUUUAGAAAUGCAACGGAUACCGGAUAUGCGGCCGCUGGAUCCGCCGAAUAUUCGGUAUCCGGAAGCCGGAUAUCCGGCUAAAAGUUUGGUCAAAAAUUAAUUAAAUUAGAUAGCGCGCUUGCUCAAAGUUCGAUGCAGGUUGCAACUUAUUUAUAGUUAUAGGCAGCCGUUUAUAAAUAAGUAAACUAAAUUCACAUACUGCGAGAAUUGAAUAGCGCAAAUUACAAUUUUCUUCGUAAGUGUUUUGCGCGCUGCGGCGCCUGCGGGGCAGCCGCAACAGUCUCCUGGCAAUUAUAGCUGACAGGCUUGACAGUCAGCUUCUUGUGCACUGGACCAGGGUACACUCACUGGUAGCUACAUACACAUGGCUCACAUGAGUGUAUGUAGUUAUUACUAGUAUAUGUGACUGGCUCCAGUUUAAACCCUAAAAUAUUGUAAGUUUAAACCCUAAAAUAUUGUAAGUUUAAUUUAUUUCAAUAAUAAUUUAAUAUAAUUUUUAGAGUAAGUCGUACUAACACUGUAUGGACCAAGGUCUGAAAUAAAUGAUUUUUAUUUUAUUUUAUUUUAUUGAUUUAAUAUUUUCAUAGCGAGUGCAGAUUUAUUAACUUUGUUUCGUUAUUUAUAAGAUUUAGUAGUGUUUAGUGCAUAUUGUAUUCAUAAAUAUCGUGCUAAAUUACUAUCCGGAAUCCGGCCGGAUACUAAGCAGCACUAUCCGGAAUCCGGCCGGAUACUACGCACUAUCCGGAAACCGGCCGUAUUGUAAAAAAUUGCCCGGAUACCGAAUAGUAAUUGGAUAUUCGUUGCAUCUCUAAUCUGUUUAUAUUCGUUUCUUAACUUUAUAUUACAUUUUCACAAGCUUAGUUAAAAUUGAGUUUAAGUAACGCAACUUUUACCCUAGUCUUACAUUAUAAUCAUGUUGUUGUUGUCCUAAAGCACCCCAGAGGUGUAAAGGGCCUUCACAAGCUCGCGCCACGCCUUCCUAUCUUCAGCUCGUCUUCUGGCCUCGCUCCAGCUCAACCCGACCGCUCGUAACUCUCUUAGGACGGACCGUUGCCAAGAGUGUACAGGACGCCCCGAGCCUCGGCUUCCGUCCGGUUUCCACGCGAUAGCUAUGGUAGCAUUAUUCGUUUCCCCCCUUCGAAUAAAUCAUGUUAGAUCGGUUAAAAUAAAUAUUAGGGGCAGAGAAACACUUGUAGAGAAUCGUCAUACUUUUUCUAUUGCGUCUUGCAAAAUAAACUAAGUUUUUAUCUCCACUUAACAAUGUUUAUUAUCAUGAAAUUAUGUGUAUAUGAUUAUUAACUUAUUAUUUACAGGAUCCGAUAAAAUACUACGACAAAAUCGCCCCCGAGGCCUCAAAAUACGGCCUCUGCAAAAUAGUUCCCCCUGAAAACUUCAAACCAACAUGCACGAUGAGCGACACGAUCCGCUUCGCGGUCAUAUACCAGUACAUCUCCAAGAUGUUCAGCCGCUGGGGCCCCGUGUCCAGGGAGCUGGCUGCCAUCAAGGCGCACCUGCGGACCCAGAGCGUCGUGUUCGCGCGGUCUCCCCUCUUGGACGGCAGCGAAGUGAACCUCCCCAGGCUAUACCACGCCGUGGAACGCAACGGCGGUCUCAGCAACGUCAUACAACGCAAGCGGUGGGGCCGCGUCGCCGACGAGAUGAAGCUGACCAAGUUGCAGCACCCGGAGCGCAAGCUGGACCCCAUAUACAUGCGAUAUCUGCUGCCCUACGCCACGUUGUCCGAUCAGGAACGCCAAAGUAUAAUGGCGGAAGUGGAAAAAUGCUGGACCACCAAGUACCAGAAGAUGCUAGAACGGGCCCGCAAUCCCUUCCAGCGUCAGAACCGGAUGCUGGGCACCGAGUGCGAGUCGGAAUCUGACGACGAAGGAGAGGAUGGAAACACAGCUGGUGCGCUCCAAGAGGCAGAGGACUGCAUAGUGCAGGGGCGCACAAUGAACCUCGUCACAUUCAAAAAAGUAAGUCAGAAUCUGUCGACGAAGUGGAAGAUGGCUACACAGCUGGUGCGCUACAUGAGGCUGAGGACUGCAUAGUGCAGGGGCGCACAAUGAACCUCGUCAUAUUCAAAAAAGUAAGUCAGAAUCUGUCGACGAAGUGGAAGAUGGCUACACAGCUGGUGCGCUACAUGAGGCUGAGGACUGCAUAGUGCAGGCGCGGACCAUGAACCUCGUCACAUUCAAGAAGGUAAGUCAGAAUCUGACGACGAAGUGGAAGAUGGCAACACAGCCGGUGCGCUACAUGAGGCUGAGGACUGCAUAGUGCAGGGGCGGACCAUGAAUCUCGUCACAUUCAAGAAGGUAAGUCAGAAACUGACGACGAAGGGGAAGAUGGCAACACAGCUGGUGCGCUACAUGAGGGUGUGAACUGCAUAGUGCAGGGGCGGUCCAUGAACCUCGUCACAUUCAAGAAGGUAAGUCAGAAACUGACGAAGAAGGGGAAGAUGGCAACACAGCUGGUGCGCUACAUGAGGCUGAGGACUGCAUAGUGCAGGGGCGGACCAUGAACCUCGUCACAUUCAAAAAAGUAAGUCAGAAUCUGUCGGCGAAGUGGAAGAUGGCAACACAGCUGGUGCGCUACAUGACGCUGAGGACUGCAUAGUGCAGGGGCGGUCCAUGAACCUCGUCACAUUCAAGAAGGUAAGUCAGAAACUGACGACGAAGGGGAAGAUGGCAACACAGCUGGUGCGCUACAUGACGCUGAGGACUGCAUAGUGCAGGGGCGGUCCAUGAACCUCGUCACAUUCAAGAAGGUAAGUCAGAAAGUGACGACGAAGGGGAAGAUGGCAACACAGCUGGUGCGCUACAUGACGCUGAGGACUGCAUAGUGCAGGGGCGGUCUAUGAACCUCGUCACAUUCAAGAAGGUAAGUCAGAAAGUGACGACGAAGGGGAAGAUGGCAACACAGCUGGUGCGCUACAUGAGGCUGAGGACUGCAUAGUGCAGGGGCGGUCCAUGAACCUCGUCACAUUCAAGAAGGUAAGUCAGAAAGUGACGACGAGGGGGAAGAUGGCAACACAGCUGGUGCGCUACAUGACGCUGAGGACUGCAUAGUGCAGGGGCGGUCUAUGAACCUCGUCACAUUCAAGAAGGUAAGUCAGAAACUGACGAAGAAGGGGAAGAUGGCAACACAGCUGGUGCGCUACAUGAGGCUGAGGACUGCAUAGUGCAGGGGCGGACCAUGAAACUCGUCACAUUCAAAAAAGUAAGUCAGAAUCUGUCGACGAAGUGGAAGAUGGCAACACAGCUGGUGCGCUACAUGAGGCUGAGGACUGCAUAGUGCAGGGGCGGACCAUGAACCUCGUCACAUUCAAGAAGGUAAGUCAGAAUCUGACGACGAAGAGAAAAAUGUGGGAACUCAGCUGGUGCGCUACAUGACGCUGAGGACUGCAUAGUGCAGGGGCGGUCCAUGAACCUCGUCACAUUCAAGAAGGUAAGUCAGAAUCUGAUGACGAAGGGGAAAAUGUGGGAACUCAGCUGGUGCGCUACAUGGGACUGAGGACAAAUAAACACACCCAAAAAAAUCGAUAGUUAGUACAUAAUCGAACUAUUUUUUUAACUAAUAUAAAUGAAAAUACAGGUCUGUUAACUAAAGCUGGCGCGUUCACAGUACUCACACUUAUGCAAUUUCACUAUACAGCAUGUUUAAAAAU